AUGUUCGUCCCGGUGUCCUCCAGAUCCGCCACGCCGGCCGCCGCCCCGUCGUCACCCUGGUCGGCAGCCGCCAUGGCCGCUAGCAUCCUGCGGCGAGAAGAAGUCGCCGUCGUCAAGAAGGUCACGAACCCGAACCCGCCGUCGAUGGGCGCCCUGCUGAGCAGCGUCGUGUGGUUCCUCACGGCGCUCGCGCUCGUCUUCCUCGUCCUGCGCCUGUACAGCAAGCACCUGAGGGGCAAGGGCUUUUGGUGGGACGACUACAUCCUGGGCGCGGCAUGGCACAUGCUCCUCCUCAGCAGCGUCUGCGUCUCGCUCAUGGUCCGGUUCGACUUCGGCCGGCACUCGGCCGACAUACCCGCCGACAACCUCAGCCCCAUCCUCUUCCUCAUGACGCUGCAGGGCUUCCUCACCACCCUGGCCGCGGCCUGGAGCAAGACGUCCUUUGGCGUCACGCUCCUGCGCCUGGCCGGCUCCUUCCCCGGCCGCUGGAGCGCGGCGGCGCUGUGGGGCAUCAUCGUCUCCGUCAACGUCGUGCUCGGCGCCGCCGCCGUCGUCACCUGGGCCCAGUGCGACCCCGUCGAGCUCAACUGGGCCCCCUGGUCCGCCAAGAAGGGCUCCUGCUGGGACGGCAGGGUGGUCGUCGGCCUCAUGCAGGGCGCCAUCGCCUACAGCGGUGUGGCCGACCUGGCCCUGGCCUUUAUGCCCUGGGCCAUGCUGUGGAAGGCCAACAUGUCGGCCAGGAACAAGUACAGCGUGCUGUGCGCCAUGAGCAUGAGCGUCUUUGCCGGUGCCGCCUCCUUUGCCAAGGCCGCUGCCUUUCCCACUCUCAUCACUGGCGAUCUACUGGACAGCACCCAGCUCAUCAUCCUCACGGCGGCCGAGAUCUCAAUCACCAUAAUGGCCGCCUGCAUCCCCAUCAUGCGCACUCUGUGGAUCAAGAUGGGCGAGACGAUCCAGGGCAGCACCCGCGACCCGAGCCCGCCCGCGCGCCCCGCACCUCCCCCGGCUCCCUCCGCGGCCGAGGUUGCCCCCGCGCCCGCCAUGUACCCGCGCAUCUCGCGCGACAUGAGCAGCGUUGUUGGGAAACUGGAGUCUUUUUCGACCUCCAACUCUACUGUAAAUACAUUACAAGAGCAGAAGGCUCCAAACAGGGCUUUGUGUUAAAAAAGCAAACAAAAGAUUUGUAAAAUUUCAG